AUGAGGAAGCACAAUCAGCUCAACCCAUUAUUGAACAUUUGGAGCGUCACGGCAAUUGGAUACUUUUAUUUGUGUCGGUGGGUUAAACAUUUGGAGCGUCACGGCAAUUGGAUUGAUGAGACACGUGGCACAUUGAUGUUGGUGGCCACUGUGAUCGCGAGCGUGACUUUCCAAGCUGGGCUCAACCCCCCAGGUGGCGUUUGGCAACAAGAUUCUGAAAAUGGUACUGAGGCAGCAGGCACAUCAAUACUUCUAUCUAAGCAUUCCGAUAUUGGUUACCAUUAUUUCUUGAAUUUCAACACCGUGUCUUUUGUUGCAGCUGUUAGCGUUCUACUUGUUGAAAUUAGUGGAUUGCCUGUGAGAUACAAGUUUUUUAUAUGGCUUUUGGCCUUAACCAUGAUUAUUGCAAUCUGGGCCAUGGCAGUUGCCUAUUUCAACGCACUGUAUUUGGUGAACCCGACCUAUCUUGUAGGAAUCUAUUUAGCGGACAUUUUUAGUGUAGUGCUUUUGGCUGCUGGUGCGGUUCACAUAAUCCGCCUGUUAUUUUGGAUAGGGAAGUUGUUGUUGAAAUUCGUUCUCUGGUUAAUUACCAAGCAUCCGGCAAACGAUGCCGUCAACGUGUAA